UUGAAACUAUUGUUGUAUGCUCUCUUUUAGUCGUUGCUAUUUGUAAAGAAGAUUCAUAUUCAAUACGCGAAAUCGGUACUAAACAUGGAUAUUAGUAAAUAUUUAAAGAAUGUCAAGACUUUAGACGAUUAUAACAUAACAACACAAGACUUUGUAAAUAAAUAUUGUCGGGCGAAAAUUCGAUUGAACAUGUCAGCGGUUCUUGCUCUGAAAACUGUUAGAUCAUUAGAAAUAGAAUAUUUCAAUAAAAAUGGCGAAAAUGGCGUUGCGGUUCAUAUCUUCAAAAAUAUUUUAGAUUUACCAGGUUCCAAAACAUGGGGCCUACUCGGUAAAGAGUUAAUUUCAGUACUAAAGUAUUGGUUUGAUACUUUAAGGCUACAUUUACUCCAACACAACAACUGGUGGAAUUUCUUAAACCUACUCUUAAAGUUUGUUAAAGAGAUAAGAAUAAAGGAUUCAUCAAUCAAUCAAACAAUAAUAGAGGAGCUAUCUGAUAAUCUCCUACAUUUAGCAAUCCAUCGACAACCAAGUACAAGCCAGCGUCUUCACAUCAUACAGUGCUUUAAUAUUUGCAGCGCAGAGUCUAAUAGAGAGAUCAGAAUUGCUUUGAGAAAUAAGUUUGAACAAUAUUUUUGGUACAAUUUCAACAGCAUAAAAUUAUCAGAGCUACUCUCGCAAUGUGGUGACUUUCGACUCCAGUACAGCAUGUUGGAGAGCCUCAUGCGAUGGCUUCUCCCUCGGCAGGAGCUAUCUGUUAGAAAAAAAGCUGCCGAAGCCUGGUUCACAACUGACUUAUACAGUCAAAAUGCUGUUGAUAUUUUCUUGAACAGGACUUGGAUGAAUUUUUUUAAGGAUGCAAGAGAUUUUCUUAAUGCACAAAAUGAUAAAAAUGAAUUGAUUACAUCAGUGCAGUGCAAGAAAUUUGUGAUUGGAAGUUUAGAACUUAUCACCGUGAGUAAAUUGAGAAUACCAAUAAAUAUUAGACAUAAAAAAUAUUGGCUUGAUUUGAAUACUGGCAACAAAAACUUGUCACUCAUGUUGGAGUUGAAAUUAUUGGAGAUACUAAAAGCGUAUGGUUCCGGUUCGAAUGCUUUAGUUAUAACUGAAGAUAAUGUUACAUCUGUAAAAAUGUUGAUGGAGUCAUCGCUCAUAAAAAUUGAACUGCAUAUAAAGGAUUCGAAGCAAUUGCACGGCUCAGAUAUGCUGGAGGGAAACGAAGUAAUGAUAUAUAUAGGCCCCGAAAAUGCUGUUAAAGUCAACACCUCUUUAGCUGAGAUUUUUGAAGAUAAAUAUCAGAUAUUAUUAGAUCUCAAUAAAAUUUAUCAAGCCACUACAGAAAAUGCAAGAGAGUGUUCCCAAAUUGAAAAUUCGUUUGUGGGUAGUUUUCACUCCGUCGGUGUUUGUUAUGCGCGAUUGAGUGAUUUUUUUUUUUUUAAGGAGGACACUAGAUUUUCGAAUCCCAUUAAAUGGCGACGUAGAAAACAUUCAGGUGUUAUUACUAGAUCUGGUAGGCCUGUUUCGCUUCGGUCACCGGCAUCCAGCGCAUCCACUUCGUCUUUAGCAUUGUUACGAGAAAAGUUAUCUGAGUUACCGGGUUGUCAAUUUGAAAGAGAGCCAGUCAGUGUAUGUGCGUUACCGCAGUUAUCUAGAGUAACUGAAGUAACAGAGAUAGACGAAAGCCGAAGUUUUAACGACGAAAGCACGUUUCGACCUAGAACCUUUGGCGUAGCUCUUAAAAACAAAUCGGAUUCAGACCAUGCAACAGUUACAUCUCGGCGUACGGUCUCAGAAAAUAAUAAUCUCUCUCCACCCAAUAAUCACGAUGAGAAUUCAAUAAGUUGUUUGUUAGUAGCCACUAUUGGAUCGGCCGAUUCUGUCAUAAAUGACACGUUAGAUAGAUUCCCAAAAGGCAAAGAAAUCAACACGGAUAACAUCGUUGAUAUGUUAGUCAAAGAAGCUCUACAGUCUAAUCGUACGCUAGAUCGAAUACGUGAGAAUACUAAAAAUAUACGAACAGAAUCUAUAGAAAAGUCGCCAAAUGUGAAAAGCAAAACUAAACAAAGUACGAUCUAUGAAAGAAACGAGAAUAAUAAUAUAGUUCAGCGUUUGGGAGAUGAACAGACUACUGAUUGUAUAGAAGAUACUCCAAAUCAUGUUUUUCCAAAACAUAGAAAGGAAGUUAUUAACAGCAAUAAAGUAGUUUCCACAGAACUCGAUAAGUCAAAUAAAGACUUUUUAAAUAAUAACAAUUCAGCCUUCGAUUCUCAAAUCGUUGAAGAUUUCUUCGCCCAGCAUUGUCAUGAAAAUAAGAACGAGGAUGUCAUUUUAAGUCCUUCGCUAGCAAAGAAAAUAAAUGAAACAAGUUCAGAAUCAAGCGGAGAGUUUGACCUACCCACGAAUAACGAUUUAGAACGAGAUUUUAAUUUUAACGAAAUAGAAAUCGUCGAAUGCUUAAAUGACUUGGUUGAUCAAGUUUGUGAAGAAUUAGACAAUUACAUAAAGAUGCAAAGUCUCACGAACGAUGUAGCUGAAGCUGGCCUUCAGAAUAAUGGAGCUGAUGAGAGUGAUUCCAAAGCAACAAAAAAGAAAACUAAGAUCCAUAGGAAAAGCACUUCUAAAGCCAUAAAGUUGAAAUUUAAAUCAACAAUGAAACAUAAUAAAAAGCAAUACAAAUCUACGUUACAAAUUGAAACUGAUGAUAAUAUGUCAACUGUACAUGAUGAGGACUGCAAUAGAAAUGAAACUAACAACAAUAAGAGCAAAAGCCCAGAAAUUUCGCAAAUUCGCAGGAAGCGUAAACUAUAUUCCCCUAAUGAUGAACACAUUAUAAAUGCUGCAAAGCCUACUGCGUAUGUAUCUGAAAGUGAAAAAGAUGACGUCGUAGCACCAGAUCAACUACCAUAUAGUGAUACUCCGAAAUCUAAAGCUACGUCCUACAAAGAAAUUGAACAAAUAAAAAGAUCGACUCGGAGAAUUAUAAAACAUAAGAAAAUGAGCAAUGAAACUCCGCUCUCGCCUAGAUCGAAGAAAAUUAAUGAUGAUUUUAAUAAUCUAAAGAAAACGGUGGAUAAUAACGAGAACAUUACCCUUGUAGAUGCAAAACGGGAUAGAAACCUAGCAGUGUAUAAUUUUUCAAGCGACAGUGAUGAUAGUGAUUUUAAAAAGAAAUUUACUCAAACUUUUAAAAGAACACCUAGUGUCAAUACCACUACACGUAGUCGUCGCAAUGUACCACGGAAAAAUUAUUCAGAGAAGAAACCUAGAGAGAAAAAAACGAAAAGUAAUAGUAAACAACGUGAAAGGGAUACCAUUAAAAUAUCACGACACGAACUUUUAGAUGAAAAAAUGCGCGAACCAGCUUCAGAAACGUUAAAUGCAUCUAUAACAAUCGAAGUUCCUCAAGAAAAACCUGAGAACUUAGAACCGAACAUAAAUAUUGUUCCGCAAAUGGAAGCUAUUGAUGAACAAGUAAUUGAGAAAAGCACAAAAAAUUCUAAGUCGAAAAGGAAAACAAAACGAUCAAAGAAAAAAGAUCAAUGUUUAAAAAGUGAUAAUGAAUUAACAUUGGAAGUAAGACAAGAGAAAGAGGAGAGUGUUAGUCCAUUACCGGCUCUUAUAGUCGAAUCCCAACCUAAGGAUAAUAAUUUAGAAGAUUCCGUAAUGGCUUUAGAGAAACUCCAAGAAAUGUGUGAAAACGAUUCAAUUGGAAAACAGCUACAAUUGAAUACCACCCAAAAUCUAUUGUCAGACGUGGAACAAACUAAUUCCAGUCCGCAGAAUCUAAAUGUUAGUAGUAUACAAAUAAAAACAUGUGAUAAAUCAACUUAUAAGACCAAGAAAAGUAAGAAACGUAACAGUCACAAAUUAAGUACAAGCGACAAACCAACUGCACCAACAGAUAAAGAAGGAAGCCUUACAGAUAAUAAAAUGAGCAAAAAAGCUAAAAAUCGUAGGAAACGUGAUAAGAGAAGGUCAAAGAGCCGUAGCACAGACAGUGAUACUAUAAGAAGCAGCGUGAAACAUCUUAAAGUUAGUGCCGUAAUCGAGCACGAGUCACCCAAGUCUAUACCUACACUUGGCAAGUCUCCAAUAACAGGCCACGGCAAUUCGAAAGAAAAACCUCCAAGUUCCAAUCAAUUGGAGCAAAAUUUGCAACCGCGCGAUUUAGAAGUCGAAUAUUUAGAUGAUUCCAUCAAAGAAUACCAUAAAACUCUCACAGACGAAACUCACAAGUUGUGGCAUUCGAACAAUAGCGAUAAAGCGAGCAAAGUCUCAAAAGAAGAUGCAAGGCGUAUAGUUAGGAACUCGCCGGCCGUUUCUGUUACAAGGCUGUCCACGCGAGAGCUUCGUGAAUGGGUACCGCCACGACACAACUCCAUAUUCGGAUCCGAUCAAAGCGAGGUCUCGAAACAAUCCAGAAGUGAGGCGCAAAAAGAAGCUACGCCUGUUACAGCAUCAGUACAGAAACCUAUUCUAAGCAUAAUAUCUCCAAUAAAGCUAUUCGCUACGAAACCUAUCUCGAUCUCAGACGGCGGUAACGUGAACAAAGCGGAAACGAUAUCGUCUAAAAGCGCCGGAAACGAGAGCAAAUCUAAAUACGAUUUUCGCAAGCGGAAAAAUGUAGUCGCCAUUGACUCGACGCCUAAGAGGUCCAAAUUAGAGUCGGCCGUUAAUACAUCUUCGCCAAUCAUAUCCAGUAAGCCCACGACGAGUGCGAUACCGCAGUACAGGAUGUCGGAUGACGUUGUGGCCAAUGUGAGCGUUCCUUCCAGGUCCGUUAGUUUCUGGAUGAAGCAGAACCAAUCGAUUCUUUCGUCGUUGCCUCCCGAGAACUACGAAACGUUCAUGUACAGAGACAAUUUGAAUCUGAUAAUAGAAAAGUUGAACACCACACUGGUGGAAAUACAACAUGACACUAGUCGAAGAUUCGGCCAGUUAUUUGUUGAAGUGCAAAGGCAAUUAAAGGAGGCAUCCGAUAGUCGACACCAUUUGUUCAGAGUCACUGGAUGCGAUAUGCUGGAGGGGAUAAUGCAAAUUAUUGAUUACAAGUUUAAAGAACUGGAUGCCAGAUGCCGAGCGAUGGACGAACAAAUAAGGAAUAACUUCAAACUUCAAACCUGUGCAGUGCUUCGGGAAGAUUCCAAAAAGAAACGUCUAUUUGUAAAACUUCUCAAACAGGAUAUACGCAAUAUGUUUCCCAGCCAGUAAAUUAUAUGAUUAUACUUUUCAUAUAAUUAUAAACACAAAAAUAUUCAUGUCUGUAUAAAAGGGUAUGCCAUGAUUUGUUUUUGUUAUACAACUGUAGAUAAUUUAAAAUGUUAUGAUAGGGACAGAGCUAUUAUGCCCUCCCUCUCCCGCACAAUUUAUUUGUCUAUAGUUAAAGUGCAAAAACAUACCAUGGUUCCUAAAUCUUAAAUGUAAAGAAGAAAUGUAUGUUAUUAAUUAAAUUAUAUUAAGAAUAAAACAUACUAUGGAGGUUCUCAUAUCCAUAGUUUGUAAAUUAUCAUAGGGUAAUCGAUAUAAGUAAGCUAGUUAUAAAAGAAAAGUUAACAAGUUAAUUUUACUUAUUUCAGUGUUGCCCUGUUAUAAUUUGGAGUUUAAAUUAUUUAUAAUUUAAUGAUUGUUACUUAUGAUUUGUUUCAAUUUAUUGUUAAGGAACUGUAUGGUUUUAUUUUGAGUUAGGUGAAGAUUUUAGUAUUUUAGUUUUUGUAUUACAAACACUGAAGGAAA